GAGCUUUGUUCGAAGCAAUUUUUGCGACAGAUGCGACAGUUGGGACCAAUGGAACGACCUAUGGCAACACGGCAUUGGAUGACGCACAAUGGGAGGGUGGGCCCCUACCGCAACGAGGUGACUGAGGUGUCCAUAAAAGGGGGCAAUGAGCGCAUCUGUGUGGUCUCUUUCAGUCUUUACUGAGAGACGAACCUUGCGCGCCAGCUCGUCUCACCUCGACUUGCACGGCAUCGCUCGAAGACCAGUCCUAAUCUCAAAGCAUCAUGAAGGUUGUCGGUCCCCUCGCCGCUGUGGCGAGCCUGUGUGCCAGCGCGCUCGCACUCCCUCCCGACACUUUACACGCACGCCAAGGCACCACGGCCCCCUUUGCUUCCUCGCAGACUUUCACCAGUCCUCAUGGAACGCUCAGCAUCGCUGUCGACAAGGGCACGGGUGUGCUCACCAGCUUCAAGUAUGGACAGCAGAAUGCCGCUUUUGAGUACCUUCCCGCUGAUCCCAAAAGGACUGCCAAUGGCUACAAUCACGUAGGUGAUAUUCAAUUGCGAGUUCGCCCUUCCGGCGGAUCGGCUCAGUGGUCCGACUUCUCUACCGCCGACGUCCGUCGCUCUGCAGUUGCUUCCAGCUCGUCCCAGACUUGCGCAGCAUCGUCCUUUGUCUGCAACGACGUCACUCCUGCCUUUGCCUUUCCUUCAUCAACACCGCUCUCUGUCUCUCGUAGCUGGGUCUGGACAGGAGCUGAGGCCAACAAUGAGGCUUUGCAGGUUGUUUACCGUAUCGUCAACAAUGGCGACAAGCCUCUCGAAUUCGGCGGACUGGCCUUCCCGCUUGCGUUCUCCAACAAUUGGGAAGGGGCUAGUCAAGACGUCACUUGGGACACCAAGGUCAUGUCCGACCCUGCUAUCAAUCUUGAUCAUGGCUACGUCCUGACGAAUCGCCUUACAGGCACCGGCGCGGCCGUAGUGGUCUCAUCUGGCUCCGAUAUCAAAGCGAAGGCUCCUUUGGAGUCGUAUCGUAUUCUGCCCACAACCGGCCCUCUUCGCGAAGUGACCCCGCCCUCUUUUGGCUUCGAGGGCAUUUACAGCUGGGCCGUACACACUCUGGGCUUCCAGGCCUUGGACCAGCAAGCUGCGCGCAGCCUUGGUGUUCAGCGCGGGGCAGAUUGGAACGUCCCAACUUCUUCGACUCUGCAGCCGAAAGAAAGCCGCGACUUUUCCCUGCAAUUCUUUGGCACGCCUGACGGAGCACGUGGAGUGGAAGCGGCGCUUAGAAGACGCAAAGUCGCCACUCUUGUGGGCGUCCCUGGCUAUGUCAUUCCUCGCGCUUCGGAAGGCAAGCUCAUCGUUGACUCCGACUCUGCGGUGACAGUAGACAAGAUCGAGCCAGCAGGUGCACUGACAUUGCAGCAGAGCGGAGCUAAGCAAGGUACCAAGACCGUCUUUCGCGUGACUCCCGGUGGUUCUACAUUCGGCCGGGUCCGCGUGACGCUACGCUUCGGAGAUGGAACUUCAGCAACGGCUCACUACUUUGUACCAGCCUCGGUCCAGGACACUCUGUCCGCUCAUGGCAAGCACUCGUUUAAUCAGCAAUGGCUCGACACCCAGCAAGACUUCUUCAACAGGACGCCAAGCGUGAUCACCUGGGACAAGGCCGCGAACGGCGGUCAGGGAGGUCAAGUACUCGACGAUCAACGCGCAUGGGUUGCUGGUCUCUCGGACGAAGGUGGUGCGGGUGCAUACGUUAGCGCAAGUAGCAAAGAGCUCUUGCAGCCCGACGCCUCUGAGGUCGCCAAGUUGCAGAGGUUCGCCGAAGAUACUCUUUGGGGUCAUUUGCAGCACGACGAAAGCGAGCCGGACUUGACCGGUGCUACUCGCAAAAGCCUAUUCUACUACGACCAAGCACUCGAAGGUCGUGGUGUGUACCAGCCGGGAGUGACGCACAGCGGUACUUGGGACGUCAAAGAGGCCACACGCCUCGAUAGGACGUACAAUUAUCCUCAUCCCGCCGUCGUGUGGGUGACCCUGUACCGUCUGGGGCGGAAUUACGCAGGCUUGCUGGCUGCGCAGCCGGGUUCCACUUGGCAGACUUAUUUGACUCGAGCUGCCCUGACCCUUCGCGCCAUGAUGAAGCAUGCUGGGCUCAACGCUUACGCUCGAUUCGGAAUGAUGGAGGGCACCUUUUUCGUCGAAUUGCUCAACGACCUGAAGCGCGAAGGUCAGACCAAUGCCACUUAUGCAGAUCUGCACAAAGAGCUCGAGGGCCUCAUGAAACAGCGUGCAGAUCUUUGGAAUGGCGAAAGAUAUCCGUACGCCAGCGAAUUCCCAUGGGACUUUACUGGGCAGGAAGAAGUCCAUGCUUGGCUGGACUACUUCAACUACACCGCCAAGGCUGAUCAAACCGUCGAGACGGUUGUUGCCGGCAUGUCAGCUCCCCCUCACUGGGCCUACAGUGGCAUCGGACGUUCAUACUGGGACUCCUUGUAUGGCGGUCGUCAGCCCCAGCGCAUCGAGCGUCUGCAGCACCAUUACAAGGGUUCGCUCAAUGCGCUGCCGCUCCUGAGCUAUUUCCGCAAGAAUCCUACGGAAGCUAAUCUUUGGCUUCUGCGGUCUGCGUUUGGUGCGAGCACCGGAACCUUGUCGACCGUCGACCAGAGCGGCUUUGCGAGUAUGGGAAUGCACUCAAACCCGGAUGCGCUGCAAUUCGACACCUUGACUGGUGAUGGAGGCAUGUCCAUGGCCGGCUACGCUCUCUCCUCAGCAUGCUACGUCGUCAAUUCUCAGUCUCUCGGCGGAUGGUCUGCCUUCGCCGGUACGCUCUCCCAGCAAGGUUCGCAGAUCACUGUGAAGCCUACCGAUGCAGCUCGUCAGCGACUGUUCAUCGCCGCUACAGGGCUCUAUGUUCAAUUAGACUCUGGAAGGAUCAACUCGGUGACGUUUGCCGCGAGCAAUCCCAGAGACGUUCAAGUCACGUUCGACCAGGCCAAUCAAUACACUCCUAAUGCCGGCAUCCGCUUCGCACAGACCGCCAAGCCCCAAGGCGCCCCGAGCGGCUACAUGAUGCAGGCUGGCUUCAAGCAAGAACGGGAUGCGUACGUCGUACCUCUCAAACAAGGCUCCACGACGACCAUCAAGAUCAGUGCUGCCUAGACACUUGCCUCCAAGGAGCUUCCUGGCCACCCUGAUCUGUCC